AUGAGGUCUUUGCAAUUUUUGCUUUCGUUUCUGGCCUGUAUCUCUCUUGGACUCGCACAAUCUUCUGGACUAGCGGAGGCCGUCGCCCAGCUCUCUCCAUGUGCACAAAAAUGUUUGGGAGCUGCGAUACAACAGUCGCCAUGUGCAGCGACGAACGCGACCUGUAUAUGUACGAACGCGCCGUUGCAGAGCAGCGUAGAAUCAUGCCUGCUAUUGAGCUGUACACUCAGGGAGAGCCUGACCACGAAGAACGUCACUUCGACGACAUGCCACGCACCAGUACGAAACAAGAGCGAGACUUCCCGAGUCGCCAACAUCGUCCUUUCAGUUGUGAGUGUCGCCUGCGGCGUGACACGAAUCGUCUACAAAGCGGUAUACUCCAUGGCCGAACUAGGAUGGGACGACUACACAAUCUUCCUGACACUAUUGGCGGGUGUACCCAGUGUGGUUCUCAUCGAUCGUGGCUCUAUACCAGACGGACUCGGCCGAGAUAUCUGGACCGUGCCAUUCGACCAAAUAACUGCUUUCGUACGCUGGAUGUACGUUCUGGAGAUCCUUUACUUCUUCCAAGUGACCCUCUUAAAGCUCACACUUCUGUUCUUCUUUCUGAAAAUCUUUCCAAGGACAAUUGUCAGGAACCUCCUCAAGGGCACCGUUGCCUUCACCAUACUAUAUGGGCUUGCCUUUGUCAUCGUUGCUAUCUUCCAAUGCCGACCAAUCAACCACUAUUGGGAUAACUGGGACCUGGAACACGAUGGCAAAUGCAUCAAUGACAACGCGCUUGCGUGGAGCAACGCGAUCAUCAGCAUUGUGCUUGACGUCUGGAUGUUGGUCCUUCCUCUAUACGAGGUUUUCAGGCUGCAGCUAUCAUGGCGCAAGAAGAUCAGCGUGGCCAUCAUGUUCCUCGUCGGCACGUUCGUCACGGUCGUAUCUUGUCUCCGUCUGCAGUCCCUGGUGACCUUCGCCGCCUCUUCAAACCCAACGUGGGACGAAGUCCAAGUAAUCAAUUGGUCCAACAUAGAAGUCAACGUAGGCAUCAUCUGCGCCUGCCUCCCUACGCUCCGCGUAAUGCUUAUGAAGAUCUUCCCCAAAAUCACAGGCACCACGAAGGUCUCCAGUCAAGCACACCAUGCAAAGUACGGCUAUGGAAGUCGUGGUCAGGGUAUGGGUACUGGAGGGAGCAAGAUGGGACAAAUGAGCGGAAAGGGUGUAAACGAGAUCACCUACACCAAAACCUUCGAGGUCCAGCACGCGGAUAAUGAUGAGGUGGAGCUGAUGCGUAUGGAUGAGUUUGGAAAACAAAGUCCGAAGCCGAGGAGUAGUAAUGCGAGCGAAGUGAGCUUGUAG